GUAAUUAAUUAAUGAAAUAAUCGUUGCAGCCCUACUUUUAAUCUAAUUCUUAAAAUUUUAGUGCAUGAAGUGGAAAAAAAACAAGUGCUAGUAUUCCCCUAAUCCAUAUUGUAUGUUUGUGUUACUAAAUCAUUAGAUACUAAAUUAUGAAAACUGCGGUACAAAAAAUAUAGCAGAAGAUAAGUUAGUUAUGUUCACAGCGUCUAUUUAUUUAAAUAUGCAGUCCACUAUGUUUCCAUUUAGAAAAAAAAACAAACCUUAAAACUGGACUUGUGUUCCACAUUUUGCCAACUCGUAUUUAGAUUGUCUUUAACAUUUACAACAAUGAUUUACACGUCAAGCACACAGUCCAUUUUAUUUGGUGUCCUUUUCUUAUGCUGUCCUCCAGGACAGCAUAAGUGGCAAGACAUGGCAAGACGGAAAUGUUCUUUAAUGUAGCAGACCGUACCAGCCCACUUCAUUCACUGAUCAAGACUAAAUUUAAAAGUUGUCACAGUUUAGGCCCACUGAACAGACGCACAGAGAAGUAUGUAAAGAAAUAAUGACUGUUUUUGUCCGGUUGUAUAUUGCAGCUAUAAAUAGCACAUGAUGGUUAGAUGUUUCCACAGACUGAAUGUUGUGAAGCUGAAGCUUUCUCUGACUGAAGACUCUUGUCCCUCCUGGACAGACGGCUGCACCUGCUGACAGUGCGUGUGGACGAUGUCGUCACCAUCACCGUCAUUCUACUACAGCCAAGACAGCGUCACUCGCUUCAAGAAGAGAAAAGCCCGUUUCACUUUCAGUGAAGUCCACAUUCUGCUGGAUGAAGUGAGGAAGCACCGUGCAGUUGUUGUGGGCAAAUUCAACCGUGGUGUGCCAACAGACACCAAGAAACGUACAUGGGCAGAGAUUACUGCACGGGUCAAUGAGAUUGGGGAGUGCCAACGAGAAGUCAUCGAGGUCAUCAAGAAAUGGUCUGACCUCAAGUGUGACACCAAACGAAAAGUGGCUGCCAUGCGAUCAGGGACAGUGCCCAACAGGGGCCUCAACUCACGCCUUUCCCGAGACCUUAAUCAGACAGAGAAAAUAGUGCUUCAGAUCCUGGAGAUGGAUGAGGAAGACCAGAGCAUGAGUGACUUUGGCCCGCUGGGAGAUGACGACGACGUACCAGAGGAGGAAGAGGAAAUUGAGGAGGAGGAUAUGAUGGGAUUGCAGAAUUCGCCAAAUGGCGAGAUGGCUUCUAUGCCUCCACCACCCUCUUACAGCAUGAGCGGACUUGCACAGUCAGGAGACUCAUCACAACCUGGCUUUGAUGUGCAGUAUGAAUUACCUGCACCAGAAGACACUGAAGCUGCAUUUGGAGACUCAGACGAGGAACAGCGGGAAGACGGACUUCCUUCCACACUGGCAGUGAAACCCACAGAGGACCAUCAAGGAAACAACGGCAUCCCAAAACAAGAACAACCUCAGAUGGAUUCCGGACCAUCGACAUCGGCAGCCCCGCACUCGACACCAGGUCAGGCCUCGCAGAGCACACGGGAGAGCAUGCUACACAACGCCACGCUGAGUCUCCAAGAGCAGCACGCCACCAACAUGCUGCUGGAGACGGUUUCCCGCUCCCUGGAGCUGCUGUCGGAGUCGGUGCAGCAGCUGGCCGAGACUCAGCACGACUUUGUGCGCGAGUCGCUGCAGCUCCAGCGGGACAUGGUGCAGGUUCUCAGAGACUUCACAGGGGGAGCCAUCGCGCUCAUGCAUGACAAACUGAAUGGACGGCCAGCAUUAUAGCAACCAAGCAUCAGAGUUGUUGAGUUGUAUCACUGACUUCCUCCAUUGCCUUUAGGCACGGGAUUUUUUAUUUUAAAGUUCCUUUGGACUUCACUGCUGGUUACUGUAAUUUUUGAUAUAACUACAGAUUUUCCAUGGCUAUAUUUGAAAAUGAAAUGGAAACAAUAUUGAUGGCAUUGCUGUCUGCGUACUUACAUGAAAAGGACUGAGGAAGAACCAGUGUUAGCUGUAAAGAGAGAACAUGUGGAGGGUUUGAUUUGUUUUUUUGUUUUUUUUUGCUACUGAAAGUGAGACUUUCCACUCACAUUGUAAAACACUUUUUAUGAUUCACCACUUUUAAAGCUUUUAAGUUGUUUUAAUGUUGACAUUCAGAGAGUUAGUCUUUAUGUUCGAGCUGUCGGUCAAAUCCAUUUGUGUGUCCUUGCAUCAGUGUCUGGAGAUUAUCACAUGUACUGUAAUGGUAAGUGGAUUUCUGCAUCUGACCAUUAUAUGGUCCAUUUGUCUGAAAGGUCUACAAGGUGUGUUAAAUACUGUUGUUUGAAAAUUCCUGUAACUGAAUAAUUUGUGAUUGUCUGGUUUAGUUUUUUUUUUUUUUACAUUACAAACACUUGAAUAUAAAAGUUUCAAUUAUUUCUUUUAAAAAAACAUGGAAUAAACUACUCAUGUAUUUAAACAGACCAACAAUCUAUUGUGGACAUAAUUCAUAUAUAUCUUAUCUGGAGUGUUAUUGUUUCAUGAAUGAAAUGCAUUAGUUUGUACACAAAUACCCUCUAUAUGUAGAUUAACAUUUGUGCCCAGCAAAUAAUCAUACAUUUGAGCUGCUUCACAGACUGACUGUGCAAAUAAACUCAUUAAAGUAACUGCUGGAGCUUCAA